UGUCCAUGUAUUUUACAAGUUUCUGGUACCGAUAAGAAUCCGGGAAAAAAGUUCUACUGUUGCCGAUACUGGAAGGAUUCGAAUGCAAAGUGCAAGUUCUUCGUGUGGGUUGAUGAGUACAAGCCCAAAGUUUGGAAGGAAUCAGAAGAUGAGUUGAAGAACAAACUAAUCAAAAUGGAUGAGAGCUGUAGGGUUGCUAGAAUGGAGGCAGAAAGAAGGAAAAAGGCUAAAAAUUUGCUAUUAGAAGAGUUGAUCAGUACUAAGGAGGAUCACGCAAGAAUGGAA